CGCACCCACCGCCGCUCCCCACCGCCCGCCGCGCGCACCCCGCACGGCCUCGGAGCACAGGUGCCCGCGAGGACGAGACAUGGGCCCGUCAGGGGCGCAGCCGUAAUGUCGGCGCGGGAGCUUGUGGCCUGCCUCUGCCGGGAAGGAGACCAGCGCCUGGCUCUGGGAGAGCCCCCCUUGGCCACCGCCUUCUACCUGGCGGCCUUCAGCUGCCACGCCCCCUCGGCGGUGCGGAGCGUCAGAACCGCCCUGGCUGAGGCCCGAGGGGCACCCGUGCUGGCCACCCUGGAGGCCUGGUGCCGCGGUGACAGCCAGAUCCCCGCCAUCCACUGGGACGGCAUGGCGGUUGUCUCCCUGACCGGGACCCUGGCCUCCGCGUUCCUGGCCACCCUCUGCCCGGACCACCCCGCCGCGGUCCUGCACUCCCUGGCCAGUCUGCUGGCUCAGGGGCGCCACCAGGAGGUGGCUCAGCGCUGCAGCACCUUGCUGGAUGCACGCUCCCAGCAAGCCCUGGAGCUCCAGCUGACCCGCGCCCUGGCCCGCGUGCUGUCCGGGGUGCAGGUGGACGCUGGCGUGGCAGACUAUGUGCAGGCCUUUGCCUCCAGUGCAGACCGGACCGUGGCCUUCAUUCGCACCCACCAGCAGCCCCAUCUCCCCAUGCUGAUAAGCACCCUGCAGGACCAUAUCUCAGGGCGCCGGGAGGCUGAGGACAGCAUCUGCCAGCAGGAGGCUGGCUGCCAGGGACUCUUGGCAGCCCUGGACCCCGAAGGCACCUGGAGCGAUGCCCUGUCACCAGAAGCCCUGCUCCGCAGUGGCCGGUAUGAGGAAUGCCGGGUGGUGUGCAGCCGGGCCCUUGAGUCUGACCUGACAGGCAGCAGACUCCCAGGUGAGCGUCGGGCUGCUCUGCUGGUCACCCGCGCAGCUGCGGCCUUAUUUCUGGACAGUGGGGCCCGGAACCUGCUUCGGGACCUGCACGAGGCCUUCCACCAGAGCCCGUCAGAGGCGCAGAAGCAGUUUGAGGCAGUGCUCUCCGCAGGGGACCGGGAGCGCGUGCGGGCCCAGGCACAGGAAGCAGCGGACACGGGCUUCGCCCACUUCCAGGAGGCCGUGAGGAGCCGCGCUGAGCUCCGCGAAAACUCGGGCCGCGAGCUGCUGGCCCCAGUGACCCGCGCACUCCGUGUCCUGCUGCGCGUUUCACCGCCCGGGGUGCGCCCGGCACUGGGCACUCGCUUGGCCGAGUGCCUGCUGCUGGCUGGGGACGCAGCGAGCGGCCGGGCGCUGUGCGAGCGCUUGCUGAGGCCUGCGCGUCCUGGGCACCGCGUGGACUACCGCGUCGGGGCCCACACCAGCGACCGCGCGCCCAUUUUGGUGCUGCGCGGCUUUUGCGCGCUGCACGCCAGCGACGCAGGGCGCGCCCGGGAGGACUUCCAGGAGGUGGUGGAGCACGGGCCGCCUCACCUGGACAGCUGCGUGCGAGCUCUGUGUGGCCGGGGGCUGCUGAGGGUGCUGGAGGGUAGCGCGUUCCUGGGAGCGCUGGACUAUGUCACCGCCUGCCGGCUGCAGCCCGAGGAGGCACUGCUCAUCGCCAAGGCCUAUGUCCCCUGGAACCAGAGGGGCCUCCUGCUGACCGUGCUGCGAGAGGAGGGCCGCAGGAUGCUGCAGCGGAGGCGGGACCUGGGACUCAAGGGCGCACCGGGCUGCCGGAGUGAGGCGGUGGAGAUGGACAGCCCCGAGGCGCAGGAAGGGGAUGCCCACGGUGUAUACCAGCUGGCCAUGCUCCUGAUGGAACUGGACCGGGAAGAUGAGGCUUCAGGCCUCCUGGCAGCUGAUGCCCUGUACCGCCUGGGCCGUCUGGAGGACACCCACAAGGCCCUGCUGCUGGCCCUCUCCCGGAGGCCCCAGGCGGCCCCUGUGCUCGUGCGACUGGCCCUGCUGCAGCUGCGGAGGGGCUUCCUCUAUGACGCAAACCAGCUGGUGAAGAAGGUGGUCCAGUCCGGGGACACGGCGUGCCUCCAGCCCACCUUGGACGUGUUCCGCCACGAGGACCGGCAGCUGCUGCGGGGCCACUGCCACGCUCGGGCCCUGGCCAUCCUGCGGGCGAGGCCCAGUGGGGCCGAGGGCACAGCCCACACCAGGGAGGCCAUCGCCUACCUCUCUCUGGCCAUCUUCGCUGCAGGGGGUCAGGCAGUGGAGUCCCUGCUCACCCGUGCCCGCUGUUACGCGCUCCUGGGCCAGAAGAAGACGGCCAUGUUCGACUUCAACUCCGCGCUGCGGGCUGAGCCCAAGAACGCACGGACGCUGUGCGGCCGGGCACUUCUGCACCUGGCCCUGGGCCAGCAGAAGGAGGCUGUGGACGACAUCCUCUCAGCUCUGAAGCUCGACCCUGGGACGGUGGUCCCUGAGGUUCGCUCUCUGAAGCCAGAGGCCCAGGCCCUCAUCACCCAGGGCCUCUGGUCCCGCUGCCGGGCCCUGCUGAGCCAGCCGCUGGACACCGGGGCCACCCUCAGCGACGAGGACGCCCGGGGCCUCCUAGCUGUGGGGGAAGCGCUGAUCAAAAUCGAAGCUGGACGGCUGAGCGGACACAUCCUGCAGGCAGACGCGCUCACUGCCAUGGGCAGCUACGAGGAAGCUGGAGACUGCCUGCAGAACGCCCCACAGCCCACCCCGGGGUCGGAGGCGGCCCGCGCCCGGCGAGGCCUGCUCUGGCUCAAGAAGGGAGACGCGGCCGCCGCCGCGCGGGACCUGCAGUGCCUGGCCGAGACGGACGCCCAGGAACUCCGCUUCCUGCUGCAGCGCCUGGAGGCCUCAGAGCGGCGGAGCCUCAGCCAGGCUGCAGCCCAGGAAGCCAACACCUUACUGAAAUCGGGGCAGCCAGAGCAAGCACUGGGUUACUGCUCACUGGCAGUCCUCGCUGGGAGCAGCAGUGCCCAUCACCUGCGCCUGAGGGCCACCUGUCUGGCUGAGCUGCAGGAGUUUGACCGGGCACUGGAGGACCUGAACCUUGUCCUCCAGGAGGACGUGCGGGACCGCGACCUCCCGACGCAGGUGGAGGACCUGUGCUCCCAGGGCCGCCUGCUGCUGAGCCUGGGGGAUGGGGCCAGGGCCGCAGGGGCCUUUGCCCAGGCUCUCAAGCUGGCACCCACCCUAGCCCAGAGCAGCCUGUGGGAGCGGCCAGGUCGGGGCCCCACUGCCAAGGCAUUUCUGUGCCAUGGCCAGACCUGCCUGGAGGAGCAGCGCUAUGCAGAGGCCUGGACGGCAGUGGAGAGUGGCCUGCUGGCAGACCCCGAGCACAGUGGCCUGAGGAGGCUGAAGGUCAGACUCCGGAGGGAGGCAUCCUUGGGCUGCCGGCUCCACUGACCCCAUGCUCUCGAGGCCCGGACGUGGGCCCCCCGGCCAUUCCACCCUGGAUGGGCUCCUGAGCCGCGGGAUACAGUGGGCCUAAGUGAUGUAGCUCAGACUCCGCGGAGAAGAGAGACACCAAGAAACGCUGGUGAUAGUGUAUAGAUGGUGUUACCUCAUCUCAUGGCAACAAAGCUAUAAAUCAACCUUUAAGAGUUCCCUUCGUGUGAAACGGCUCUGGGGUCCAAGAGGAGAUCACAGCUGAAGUCAAAGAAAGUUGAAGAACUAAUCAUAACAAAACCCGUGCAGAGGAGCACUUGUGGGAUGCUGCCCCGGCAGGCCGGGGGAAGUCCGGCCCCAAGCAGAUUACCAAGCGAUGGAAAGAAAGCGAAGUACAUGUUCAGUUCAAGAAGUUGGAGAAACACAAUAAAACUAAGGAAAUCAGGAGAUAGGAAUUAAGGAUAAAAGCAGAAAUUAAUAAAUUAGGAACAAAAGAAGAAUAAAUACAAAAUCUGGUUCUUCAGAAAUAAAGUAGAUGAACCAACAGCGGCUCUAUUGAGAAAGACGGAGGAAGCACAGGGGCCGUCAAGUUCACUGCAGUGAGCCCCGUGCACCUCCCGACAGGCAGAUGGCGCGGCUGUGCCGGCUCUCAGGGCAGCCGGUGCCCUUGGGAGAAAGGUCUACACCCCCACGUCUGGAGGUCCCCAGCGGGCUCGGGGCUGCAUAGCCCCGUGGCAGGACAGACCAUGAACCUGGCGUUCAGCCUUUAGUAGGGUCUCAGGGUGGGAUCUCUGGGGUUUCAUGGGUCACUCAUUAUUGGCUAGUUUGAAGCAGAAGAGUGGGAAUGGGGUCUCGGGAGACUAGAGGCAGGGUCAUACAAGCAGUCAGUUACCGAGAUAGCCGAGAGCUUCCUGAGGGGGCACCUCACAGGUGUGGGCAGCCCACUUCCUUCUCUGGUCGUUUUGCUAACAGCCGUGUCCUCAGCUGGCGACACACGUUUUCCAGAU